GUUACCUGAAAAAAGGGGAUCGUGAAAAAGUUUAACCGAUGCUAGUUAUAGGAGUGCUGUACAGAGUAUAUGUAGCAUAACAUAACACAACAUAACAUAAAAUAAUAUAACAUAAUGUAACGUAGUAUAACAUAACAUAAUAUAAUGCAACAUAGUAUAAUAUAAUACAAUAUAAUAACCUAUAACUGUGAGUAUUUGUGAGCAUUUGUAUCUGAGAGUAUCAAUAUGUUUCUGAGAGUAUUUGUGAGUAUCUGACAGUAUCUGUAAGUAUUUGAGAGUAUCCGUGAGUAUCUGAGAGUAUGUGUGAGUAUCUGAGAGUAUCUGAGCUAACUGUGUGUAAGCUCUUAAUGAAACAGAGUGUUUUGGAUCCUCCUCUGUCUCUGACUGUCCACCACUCGUUUCUGCUUUGGGUGGAUAUCUGUGGGCGAGUGUCCUUUUUUAUUCUUAAUAUUUCUAACCACUCUCUGGACCCUCUGAUGCUGAUGCUGUGAGGACAUCGACCUGAGCAGCGCUCCAUUUUCUAUGUAAAAACUUAAGCAGAGCCUCCCCUGCAAAUUAUCUUUUACAGUUUUUCUUUCGUGUUUGGAAGAACAUGUGAUGCAGUUUUUAUUCUGCAUUGUUCUUCCUGUCAUCUCAUUAGGGCCCAUUCUGUGUGAAUGCAGGGGCGAUAUUUUAAAUCCAUUUUUCCAUCGGUAAAAAUAUCUUUGGUGCAGAUGUUUUAAAAUGUGUUUUGUGAAAUAACAUCUAGAUUAGGCGAGGUUACAACUGUAUGCCUCCCACUCUUCAGUAUAGAACAGAUUCACUCAGAGGUGAGAGCAUUACAUCCAUGUGGUGAAAGACUGCAGCCCAAAUAUUAUUAAAAACACAAAAUACAGUAUGUACCUGCUCUCGCACAUUACAUCUAAUAAACUGUAAUAACUUAACAUAAGUUGUUUCCACAGGUGUAAAAAACAAAAACCCACAGCUUUUGCAUUCAGUGGGGUUGUGUUAAUUAAAUCUGCUGUGAGAGAACAGGGAGAUCGAUACUUGGACUGAUGACUGAUUGAUGAUUGGUUUCCUUAUUUUUACAUGCGAAUAUUUCUUUUUAAAAAAACAUUUAGUAUCACAUGACUUUAACUUCCAUCACUAACUAACAGAUGAGGAUAACGCCUCGCCUAACACUGACAGGAAAUGACGUAUUGUGAUAGGCGUGGUGGUGUCAGGAAAGGUGAGAUUUUCAAAACUGACAGUUGUCACCGCCUGACCUGAAGCAUCUCUGCAUAGGAACAAUGGCAGCAGUGUGUGUGUGUGUGUGUGUGUGUGUGUCUGUCUGUGGGGGGGCGGAGCGUGAGGGUUGCAGUCAGAGGAGGGAUCCUCUCUCACGGAGUGCAGCUGCGCAGUUCCUCCUCCGGCUUCAGCUCCUGGAGCUGCGACCGGACAACAGCAGAGAGAAGCAUGAUUCCCAUCGUGUUGGUGCUCCUCCUGGUUCCACGCGUGUUGUUCUCCUCGACACUGAAACACACCCACACGCGGUCAAGAGGUGCGCCAUAACAAGGAUAGACCGAAAACAGUGUUCCACAUGCUCUGUGACGCAGCUGAGAUUAAAACACUGAAGUGAAACAUAUGUUAGAAAGCUUAUCCGCCGCCCACCUGCAGCACGGCUCAUAAAACUCUACACAUUAACUCAAAUAUCUGUGAAUAAGGAGCCCAGUGGUGCCAUUCAAACACAGAGAGGAGGACUUCUCAUGGGCAUCAAUCACAGGGGCAAACCUCACGCCUCAGAGGGUCGCGAUGUGGCGGUGAUCUCCCCUCAGGACCCCUUUCUGCUGAUUGGCUCCAGUCUAACGGCCACGUGCACGCUGAGUCCCGAGCUCGGCGUGCACGCCAGCACUUUAUACUGGACGCUGAACGGAGCGCGCGUGUCCAGCAGCGCCUACAGUGUGGUGUCCCCCAGCGUCCUCAGCGUCACCCUUCACGGCCUCAGUGGAUCCCAGCAACGGUCCGGAGACAACCUGGUGUGCCACGGAGCGGACGGACACGUCCUGGCUGGAUCCUGCCUUUACGUGGGCAUGCCUCCCGAGAAGCCCGUCAAUCUAACUUGUUGGUCCCGAAACACGAAGGACUUGAGCUGCCGCUGGAGCCUGGGUGGGCAGGGCGAGACCCACGUCCCGACCAAAUACACCCUCAAGUACAAACUGAGAUGGCACGGCAAAGAGAAGGAGUGUGAAAAUUACAGCACAGGAAACGAGCGUUACUCCUGCUACAUCCCCCGCAACAUCGCCCUCUUCACUCCGUACGAGAUCUGGGUGGAAGCAACCAAUCAGCUGGGCUCUGCUACCUCUGACAUCACCACCCUGGACAUCCUCGAUGUAGUGACCACAGACCCUCCCGCCAACGUCCAGGUCAAUCGCGUCGGCGAUCUCGAGGACCAGCUGACGGUCCGCUGGGCCAGCCCCCCCGAGCUCAAGGACAUCCUGUUUCAGGCCAAAUAUCAGAUACGCUACCGACUGGAGGACAGCGCUGACUGGAAGUUGGUGGACGAUGUCGGCAAUCUGACAUCGUGCCGCCUCGCAGGCCUCCUGCCUGGGACCGUCUAUUUUGUCCAGGUGAGGUGCAACCCAGUGGGCAUCUUUGGCUCGAGGAAGGCCGGCAUUUGGAGCGACUGGAGCCAUCCGACCGCCGCCUCCACGCCCAGCAGUGAGCAGCUGCAGAGCGGCUCGUGCGAUCCUAAGAGCGGCGAGCAGAACUCCACGCUGCGGCGGGAACUCAAGCAGUUCUUCGGCUGGGUCCGCAAGCACGCCUACGGCUGCGGCGGCAUGUCGAUGAAACUGUACGAUCAGUGGAGGGUGUGGCUGCAGAAAUCGCAGAAAACGCGCAAGCAGAUUCUGCAAGAAGAUAAUUCAUAGCACAGAAACUCGGCUUGACUGUGGCGUUUAAUUCAAGAUGCACAUCGAGAAACCCUGACGGAUGACUGGUCCACAGGGUCCCCGCAGCGUGAGAGGUCCAACUCCCGCCCGAGGGACGCUGCAGAGGCUGUGCGCUCACACACUCUUGAUUUUAAAAGGCCCGGGUGGGAGAUAACCGAGACAAAGCAGCCUUUCAUUCAGUCUGUCUGCUAGAUCUGUUAGCAAUAACAAAAACUAUUAACGCCUUCAAAAACUGCAAAUUUAUACUCGAAAAAAGUUCAAACUGCUUUGUAUUUAACUGAAUGUAAGAUAAACACGUCUCUGGAAGGGAAAGUUUGCGGCAUGUCACCAGAUCAGCUCAAAUGUCGUUUAGCUUAUUGCACAUUUAAGUGAAUAUUUUAUCUGUUUUUACUGUGCGUGAUGUAAAGUGUACUGGUUAUUAGUUAACAGCAAAACUUGUCUUGUAAAGUGUCUUUAUUUAAAAAUACAAUCCAAACAAAGAGAGCGUCUCCAAACCGAUCACACCUUCUGAAUAUUUUAUAUACACAUUUCAUUACGGCGCCAGCAGAGUUCUUUCUUUGAGCGCUGAAGUAACACAAACGCAUGCCUGCAGACAAACACUCACGCAGGAUGGAUGUUAAAGGCCCUCCGGGAGGAAUAA